AUAAUUGUUCGUGGCUUUAUUAUUAUAAUAUAUACCAUCCAUCCUCUAUGAAUCCUCCAUUAUUGAUCCCAAUAACGUCUAUUAAUCGUCCAUCAAUGCUCCGCGAACCGUCCGUGAACGAUCCACGAAACGUCUUUUAAGUAUCCAACGAGGUUCCGCGAACCGUCUAUUAUUAGCCACGAAACGUCUGUUAAUUAUAAUUAUAAUUAAACUGUAUAAUGUGUGGUAAUGUUUAAAUGCACUUUCAAAUUUACCUGAUAAAUUUUAAUUAAAAAUGAAACUUUAAUAUUAAACUAAUGUAGGGAUGGUAUUUUAGAACUCCCCAGUGUAAAAGUGGUUGUGCGAUUUUAAUAUUUAGUUGGAAAAUAAUACAGCAGUACAGAAUAGCCUUUUUCGUCUCCCCUCUCUCGUCGCUUGCUCGCUUCUCUUCCACCUUUCAAUCCUGCCAACCUUAGUUCCUUUCUCUCACUUUUAAGGUGCAUUUUCAUGCUGACGCUUGACGCUCACUUCGAGCGUCAAACUAGUUACUUUAUUGGGAACUUUUUUGAAUUGUAGCGUUAAGUGGACGCUUGACGCUGACUUCAAGUUGACGCUCGAUUUGAGUGCCAAGACGCUCUAUUAGCGUGUAAUUGAAAUAAGCAAACUCUCCUUCGCCAAUAUUUUUAGAUCGCACAAUUGACGCUGUUAACGCCAAGGAAAGCUAAAAUCUUUCCACUUGAUUCUUUUUCCACUUGACGCUACAAUUCAAAAAAGUCCCCAGAGUCACUAGUUUGACGCUUGAAGUGAGCGUCAAACUAGUUACUUUGGGGACUUUUUGAUUUGCAGCGUUAAGUGGACACUUGACACUGACUUCGAGUUGACGCUCGAUUUGAAUGCCAAGACGCUCCAUUUAGCGUGUAAUUGAAAUAUAUGGUGUUUACGAGUUAAUCAGAUUUGCAAUCGAAUUAAUCGCAGUCUAGAAAACCGACUUGGAGAAAAGUUCCCUAGAAUAAUCGGAUUUAUAAACAUGUCUAUGGAACAAUCAGAUUAUAUCAGAUUAAUACGGGAUUGUAGGAAAACGCGCAAAAAUUUCUCGUCGCAGAAUUUUGAGAAGAAAUAUAAAAAAGUAGGUAUAUGUAUAUUGAGCGAUAGAUGUAUUAAAUAUUUUACUAAUAUAUUUUAGAGGAACUAUAGACUAUUACGGUCUAUUUGUUUAAAUUCUUUAAAAUAUAUCAGAAAAACAUUAAUACAUCUAUUGCUCAAUAUAUGUGAAGAAGAAUUAAAUUUAAUUAUUAUGAAAACAACAAAAAGUUCAUAUAUACCUAUUUUUUCAUUUCUUCUCAAAAUUCUGCGACGAGAAAAAUUUUCGCGUUUUCCUACAAUUCCGUAUUAAUCCGAUAUAAUCCGAUUGUUCCAUAGACAUGUUUAUAAAUCCGAUUAGUCUAGGGAACUUUUCUCCAAGUCGGUUUUCUAAACUGCGAUUAAUCCGAUUGCAAAUCUGAUUACUAUACGUAAACACCCACUGUUCUGCAUAUCUUUUGAAGUAAAAAAAUGGUUCGUUCGCACAGUGUCGAAAAGUGGGUUGCUGAGUGUAAACAAAUUAUGGAAAAGGAAAAAAGAAAGAGAACGCUCCGGAAAAGACUUUUAAUGGUUUUUGUUUGUGAUCAAAUAAUAAAAUUGAAUGCAAAAAGGAAUUAUAGACAGAAAAGGUUUUGGGUUCAUCCACUAUUUCAGUUGCGCCGUUAUCACGGGUUUUAUGAAGCCAUAUUUCCGACACUUUCCUUAUUUGGUGACAAAUUCCACGAUUAUUUACGAAUUACCCCGACUCAAUUUGAGGAGCUAUUGCUUUUGAUUGGCCCUAUCAUUGCAAAGCAGAAUGCAAUAAGAGAAUCAAUACCUACUGCAGCAAGAUUGGCGCUUACAAUGAGGUAUUUAGCCACUGGUGACUGUAUUACUUCCAUGUCCUAUCAAUACCUUGUUGGUAUGACUACAGCAUGUAAUAUCAUUGAAGAAACAUGCAGAGCAAUUUGGAGUUGUCUGAACGAGGAAGUACUUCCAUACCCUUUAAAUACAACCGAUUGGUUAAAUAUUGCUGGAGAAUUUGAAUGUCAAUGGAAUUUCAAUCAUUGCAUAGGUGCAAUUGACGGAAAGCAUAUCAAUAUCCAGGUUUGUGUAACAUGAAUGGGU